AUGUCCCCGAACACUCAGCCUGAACAUAGCAGGUUACCACACCACACCGGAUUUUUACAGUCAACUGAGAAGAUCUACUUUUCUCGCUUCCAUAACACAGCCUACAUCGAUCUGAAUCAAGAAAGUACUGGAAUGGGUCGCGACGUAAAAAACCAUAUACUCUUUGAGGUAGCAACUGAGGUUGCCAACCGGGUCGGCGGAAUCUACUCUGUGCUCAAGUCCAAGGCGCCCGUUACGUCUAAAGAGUAUGGGUCGCGAUACUACCUGAUUGGUAAAUUGAACCACUACUCUGCAGACCAGGAAGUCGAGCCGCUGGAGCCCAGUGACCCUCACCUGAGGGCAACCUUGCAGUCUAUGUCUGACAGAGGUAUCAAGUACAUGUACGGUCGCUGGCUCAUUGAUGGCGCGCCCCGCGUUGUAUUGUUCGAUAUUGGCUCUGGAUAUAGUCACCUGGAUGAGUGGAAGUCCGAUCUCUGGAGCAUUGCGCAGAUCCCUUCCCCUCCUCAGGAUACGGAAAGCAAUGAUGCCAUUGUUUUUGGCUACCUCACUGCUUGGUUCCUUGGUGAAUAUGUCAACCAAAACCACGAUCAGGCCAUUGUUGCUCAUUUCCACGAGUGGCUGGCUGGUGUCGCCUUGCCGCUCUGCCGCAAGCGUGAAAUCGAUCUCACAACUAUCUUCACCACCCACGCUACUUUGUUGGGUCGCUACUUGUGUGCCGGUAAUACUGAUUUUUACAACAACCUCGAGUAUUUCGAUGUGGAUGCUGAGGCUGGAAAGCGUGGCAUUUACCAUCGAUAUUGUAUCGAGAGAGCUGCUGCGCACUCUUGCGACGUGUUCACCACCGUCUCGCACAUUACCGCCUUUGAGAGUGAGCACCUGCUGAAGCGUAAGCCCGACGGUGUUGUUCCCAAUGGCUUGAACGUUAUCAAAUUCAGUGCUAUGCACGAGUUCCAGAACCUCCACGCCAUCCACAAGGACAAGAUCGCCGACUUCAUCCGUGGCCACUUCUACGGCCAUUACGACUUUGACCUCGAAAACACACUCUACUUCUUUAUUGCCGGUCGAUACGAGUACCGUAAUAAGGGUGCUGAUUUCUACAUUGAGGCUUUGGCUCGUCUGAAUCACCGCCUCAAGUCGUCGGGAUCAAACAAGACGGUCGUUGCAUUUAUUAUCAUGCCUGCCGCCACACACUCGUACACUGUCGAAACACUCAAGGGCCAAGCUGUUAUGAAGUCCUUGGAAUCCACUAUUGAUGGCAUCCAGGCCAAGAUUGGACGCCGUCUUUUGGAGCACUGCUGCCGUGACACCGACAAUAAAGGUAUCCCCGACUUGGACGCUCUGCUGCCCCCCUCGGACCGUGUUCUUUUGAAGCGCCGUGUGUUUGCUCUUAAGAGAACCACUCUCCCUCCCAUUGUCACCCACAAUAUGAGCGAUGAUGCGAACGAUCCCAUCCUCAACCACAUCCGGCGCGUCCAGCUUUUCAACCACCCCAGCGACCGGGUUAAAAUAAUUUUCCAUCCGGAAUUUCUUAACUCGAACAACCCAAUCUUGCCUUUGGACUACGAGGACUUUGUGCGAGGUUGCCAUCUUGGUGUUUUCCCAUCGUACUACGAACCUUGGGGAUACACCCCUGCUGAAUGCACAGUUAUGGGUGUUCCAUCUAUCACCACGAACCUUAGUGGCUUCGGGUGUUAUAUGGAGGAUCUCAUUGAAAAUUCUAGUGACUACGGUAUUUACAUCGUGGAUCGCCGCAACAAGGGUGUUGAUGACUCCAUCAAUCAGUUGACAGACCACAUGGAGCUGUUCACACAGAUGACUCGUCGCCAGCGUAUCAACCAGCGAAACCGUACCGAACGCUUGUCCGAUCUUCUUGAUUGGAAGCGCAUGGGCCUCGAGUACGUCAAGGCCCGCCAACUCGCUCUCCGCCGUGCUUAUCCCUCCGAGUUUAACGACGACGGCAAUCCGUUCGACGAGGCCAACAGUCACAAGCUCUCUCGCCCGCUCUCUGCCCCGGCCUCGCCUGGUGAUGCUCACAGCAUCAUGACCCCGGGAGACUUGGGAUCCCUCCAAGAGCUCAGCGAGGCUCUUGACACCGAGGACUACGUCGGUUUCCGCCUGCCUGACGAGACUGACGGCAUAGCCGAAAAUGUCGAGUCUAUUUCUCUAGGUAAAAUCUAG